AGGAAUGGGAGAUAGCUAUUAUAACUAGCUCUCAAGGUACUUGCACUUAUCAGAUCUAACCAUCCCUUCUUCCUUUCUCUCUCUUUCCCCAUCUGAUCUCAACGAAAACACCGGGUACAAUCUACUCCAUUUCCGGCCCCGGCUCGGGAAACCUCAAGGAUGUUGUUGUCCGUGUUGCCCUGGCUCUUCCCGUCGGCGCUCGCCGCUCAACCAUCUGCACCCGAUCCAAUCCCCGUACCCCUACGUGACCUCGAGUUUGGCCAAAUAAAUUUCCUUCAUACUACUGAUACUCAUGGCUGGCUGGCCGGUCAUCUACAGGAACCAUCCUACUCCGCCGAUUGGGGUGACUAUAUCUCUUUCGCUACGCAUCUGCGGGAACAAGUAGAAGCACAGGGUCAAGAUUUACUGGUCAUAGAUACAGGUGAUCGGGUUGAGGGAAAUGGUCUCUACGAUUCAUCCGAACCCAAGGGCAUCUAUCUCUCGGAGAUCAUCCGCCAUCAACACAUCGAUGUGAUAACUUCGGGAAAUCAUGAACUAUACCAAUACAACACAUCCAAUAAUGAGCUAUUGACGACUGUACCCAACUUCCGAGGUCACUACCUUUCAUCCAAUAUCGAUAUCUAUCACCCUACAACCCAGGAGUUGGUUCCACUCGCCCCACGAUACAAGAAAUUCACCACCAAGGUCCAAGGCAUCCGCAUCGUAGCAUUUGGCUUCCUCUUUAACUUCAACGGAAACUAUAAUAAUACAGUUGUGCAGCCCGUGGAAAACACCAUCCGGGAAGACUGGUUCCAGGAAGCCAUCCAGGAUAAAGAAGUGGAUCUCUUCCUAGUCGCCGGACAUGUCCCGGCGCAUUCACCGGAAUACCGUGCGAUCUUCAAGGCGAUCCGCAAGGUCCACUGGGCCACCCCAAUUCAGUUCUUUGCUGGUCACCAACACAUCCGCGAUUAUGCGCAAUAUGAUUCCAAAGCCAUGGCCCUGGCCAGUGGCCGAUUCAUGGAGACCAUCGGGUUCAUGUCGAUCGACGGUCUCUCCACCAGUAACCGACCAACUGUGGCUUCCACCCCCGUGUUCAAGCGACGGUACAUAGAUAACAACCUUUUCUCUUUCUACCACCAUACUGGACUGGAUGAAAGUUCAUUCCCGACCAAGAAGGGUGUGGAAGUGUCCAAGAUGAUAACCGAGGCACGGAGCGCCCUUGAUCUGGAUCAAGUCUAUGGCUGCGCCCCUCGCGAUCUGUGGAUGUCGCGCGUGCCUUACCCACACCCAGAUAGCAUCUAUACUUGGCUGGAGACUGAAGUGCUGGCCACUUUAUUGAAAGAUGAUUCUCGCCGUAGUGUUCCUGCCGUCGCCAUUUUAAACACGGGUGGAAUACGUUUCGAUAUCUUCAAGGGCCAAUUUACCCGUGACAGCGCAUCCAUCAUAUCUCCCUUCAUCAACGAUUUUCGCUACGUGAAGGAUGUUCCAUAUGAAAAAACCCAACUUAUUAUGGAUGUACUCAACAAACAGACAAAGAUAUUGGAGAUGUCAGAAGACGAGGACGCUCUAUCUAUGACCGAGUUAGCGUCCCCUGACCAACGAGACGUCGCAAAGCAUGCUGCCUCCAAUCAAGAGGAUUGGGAGAGUCAGUUGCUUUCCAUGACUGCCGGCUCUCACCAGAUCCCUCUUGUGGCCAAGCGCGAGGAUGUCAAGAUCAUCCCCGGAUACACAACCAAGGACGAUGCCGGUACAGAUGGGGACGAUACCAUCCAUUCACCCAUCAGUGCCUACCAGGUACCCAACUGCAUUCAGGCCCUUCUGCCCACCAACGAAACAAAAGUGCCUGAGACGGUGGACCUGGUCUACAUUAACUUUGUUCAACCGUUCCUGGUGCUGGCUGCCAAGUACGCGGGUCUCGAUAUCGAUUUCGUCAAAGAUAGCGAGGUGUACAUGCCCAACACUACCAUGUCAGAUCUGAUUCGAGACUACGUGGAGACGAAUUGGAAGUGCGAGUAA